AACGUGGGUGAUAUUUCAUAUUCUCUUACCACCAUUCCCCGGUUUUACUGAUGACUCAUAGCAAGGCUGCAGCGAAUCUCUGGUCCGCUUUCUUUCCACUUGCAGACAGCCUUGUCCCCUGCUAGUGUCGGGUACCGGGACGGACUACCGAGCGUCGCGAGGCUAUUCACAACACACGAACUCGUGGGAGAAGCCUAAACGUUUGCCAUUGUGCCUUGGUGUAGUAUAUCAGCAGUUUGCAUUCUCGUUGAUUGCACGAACGUCUCUUCUCCGCAACACCACACCCUGAAGGAAAGAACUCUUCGUCUCCCUCGUUACAAGAAUUCGUAGGUCACACAGCGAUUACUCUCUCGGAAUUUCUAAUGCUAAUGCCCGUAGUGUAGUGCAUCAUUUAGUGUGUAUGGCAUAAUCGGAGAGCUGGCAUGGCAGAGUGGACUCCUAUUGCCCCUCAAGGUUCUUCGUCUCCCAUAUUUCCCAAUGAGCUCGUUGAUAUGUUCAUCGAUCAUCUUGAUGACACGGACACCUUGCUGACUUGCAUGCUUGUUCAUCGGUGUUGGGCGAUUCGAGCGCGUUAUCACCUCUUUCAGGACCUCACUAUCCGUCCCCUACUUGUCGAUGGCGUCAAAUCCUUUUACCACCUUCCCAUUAAAGCUCGUGAGCUAUCCCCUGUAACUCGAGGCCACGUAACGACAUUAUCCCUGAUUGAUCAAGGGCAAUCCUCGGAGGUGCACAUCGAUGUGAUACUUAUGCAGGAGCUGCUACUGCUGUUUCCAAACGUCGAGAAUAUCAAGCUGGAGGUCACGAUCAUAGGAACCCCAGAUGCACCCCACCUGAACUUCACCCCUGAUCUCGGUCAAAUCCGUCAAUUGCGUUAUCUGAAAUUGAGUACGAUCGUUGAGAUCCUGCACGAUUCCGACCUCCUCGACUUCUUCUCCCUGUUCUCUCGCAUUGAUAGGUUGUACAUCGAAGAUUGCAGUGCGGACGUUAUCACGGCAGUCGAUGUUGAACAUUUCCCUGAAAUUCACGCUUUGGAAAUCCUUGACCUCGUUACAGACGAUUUUAUCAAUGGUUUGUUUAAGGGUCCUCAUCAAUCGAGAUUCGGGUCCGUUCAAGAGUUGGCCUUUUCUAUCUUCGACCACAACAAUGAUGCUCGCUGGGAAACCGUUCUCGGUGAGGUUGGCCCGAAACUGCCCCAGCUCAAGGUUCUAAUCUACGAUCCCGUAUCGGCUUAUUUGCACGACGUUUUCCGGGUCCUGGAUCCACCCACCCUUCGAGCUUCCUUCUGGGAGAUGCUGGUUGAUUGGGAUUGCUGUCUCGCCUUACAGAACUUAACUAUCCACUCUUACGUUUGCAGCUCCAGCGUCGGCCAUAUGAUAGGACAAGCAGUCUUUGCUGCAGUUAUCCAGAUUCUCUGUGAUCUUCGCAAUUCAAGACAUGCUUGCACCUCCAGUGAGACUGGCAUAGAGCACCUUACCAUCGAAUUCGAGGUGGACCACGAAUUUGAGCAUUUUCGGGAUUUGUUCAGAGGGGCACCAUGGAAGGACCUGGAGAAGGUGCUACUUGAUCUUCGCCAGCAUCCCAGAAUUCGCUUACGCGAAGUUACGUUGUUGCUCAGCGGCAUUAAGCCGUGGAGUGAAUACGACGAGAGGCUCAUUGAUCAAGUGGCGCUUCGCAUGGAGAAAGGUGUCGAAGGAAUGGGUCCAGAGGGGUUUGUGGAAUUCGAACGGUAGCUCUAUAAGCUCCACGAGUCAAACACUAGCUGUUCACUAUAAGCCCCAUCCUGGGCGUAACCCGGGAGGAGUACAUUCGUGACUAUUGCGUAUGAGAACAGUAAAUCAACCAGAUGAAAGGUCUGACCUGUUACAUACAUGCAAACAUGUAUAUGUUCGAAAUGACGGCUGUCUAUAUAUAGCGGGCUUCGGUCCAGUACGCUAGUUGUUUCUCGUAUUUCAAAAGUUUUUGCUUUAAUAACGCU